AUGACUUAUUAUAUUAGCAGAAGGCCAGGUAUAGAUGAGCUAUUAAGCUUCCUCCAUGGAAAAUAUGAGAUAGUUAUUUUCACCGCGUCUACUAAAGAAUACGCUGAUCCAAUAAUUGAUAAAAUUGAUAAGUACAGGGUUAUCAGUUAUAGACUCUAUAGAAACUCAUGCAAGAUAGUAGAUGGGAAGUGUAUCAAGGAUUUGUCUAGAACUGGUCGUAACAUAAAAAGACUCAUUAUAAUUGAUGACAAGCUGAGCUCUUUUUCUCUGCAAAAAAAUAAUGGGAUUCAAGUGAGUGCAUUUGUCGGUGAUCCUGGUGAUAAAGGACUGCUUCAACUUCUUAAGUUCUUUGAGAUUGCUGUAGAUUUUGAAGAUAUGAGAGAGGCCGCUACUUGUUAUCUAUUUAGUCUUCUGAAGAUCUGA